AAAUAUUCUAAAAAACAUAUAAAUAAGAGGAAUAUUAGAAGAAUCUUAAGGAGAUAUACAGUAUUUUAGGUUUUUGAAAGAAACUAUCAUGGAUAUGUCAUCGCUUCAUAACCAUUUGCCAGAUAAACGGAAAGAAACAAAGAAUGAACAAGAUGAUUUAUUAUCAACAUUUAAAGCUGCGGCACUUUCAGUUACAAAUUUAUAUAGACAAGCAUUGACAACAGCGGGUCAAGAACGACAAGAAGGAUUUCAAGAUGCAGUUGAAGAAAUGUUGAUGCUUUUAAAUGAUGGUAUUACAGAUAUUGAGAGUCUUCGUGAAUGGUGUAUUGCACGUCGUAGAAAUGAAGAGAAUUCAUAUUCGUCAUCCGAUUUAUCAGAAGAAUCUAAUCAUAAUACAUCACGUACGAAUUCCUUAGAUUUAAAUUUUUCAAAAUCUACUUUAUCCUCAAGUCCUACACCUCAGUACUUUCAGAAUAACUUGACAGAGCGAGCUGAAACUCUAUAUAGUUCAAAUAAUCCUUCCAAUGAUGAAAAUCUUUCAUUUCAAUUUAUUGAUUCUCCUCGUCUUUCGACUAAACAUCGUAUCAUUUUUAAUGAUUCUAAAAGCGUAUUUUCAAAAAAAUGUCGUCACUUUUAGUUUUUUUUGAUUUAAGUUCAUUUUAUCUCAUUCACUUUCAUUUAUAUUUGUUUUUUUCUAUAUGUAUUACUAUAAACA